AUGAAUCACUGCGACGGGAUGACAUGCGCUUUCUUGCUUGCCAUCGCCCACAGCACGUUGAACUUGCCCGAGGGCGAUGUCUCUGUCGCCGGCGCCACUCCUUCUCGCCUCGGGGACCUCUACACCGCCAACCACCCGCAGCACGCCCCUUACCCAAACCAAAACCUUAGGGCGAAGAUAUGCGAAUACCAAAGUCCUAAAGACACGUUCCUACAUGGCGCGCCUACAAUGAUUGUUCAUUAUAGCAAGGCCGUGUCUAACAGUAGGCGGGAAAACAGGGGUUGGUUGGCUUUGACUCUUGCCCGCCUACAACGUCACUUUGCUAGCUUGACGGCGGACGUCAAUUUGAGUGUGACAUGGCUUGCACAGCUACAUCUGCGUGGCGGUGAUUAG